UUACAGAAAACAGAAUACAGAGUUUUUCAAUUUUUUUACCUCGUCUAGUUAGGCAGAUCUAAAACAUAAGGUUAAAGACAAAUUCCGGUUGACGAAUCACCAAUUAAAAACAAGCAUUAUGUCGAUCCGAAAAAUAUUGGUAGCAACUAAACCAUUGUCCAGAAGUAUCCAUGGAAGCAAACCUCUGUGUGAAGAUGCUCGUUUGAAAAAUUUAAAAGAAUGGCAAAGAAAAUUCCAAGUACCUGAUGGUGUACCUGUUUACCUGAAACGUGGAAUGACAGAUCGACUUUUGGUUGGUUUUGUAGUCAUAGGUACAUUUGCUGGACUUGGAAACUCCUUCAAGUAUUUGUAUGAAGAAGUUAUUAAACCAUGAAUAAUAUACAAAUGUAGAUUUUACAGUUAGUUUUGUAAUUAUAAUAAUAAUACACAGUGAAGAAAUCUUGUAAUAAAUUAUGUAUUAUUAUUGAAAAGAUAUUGUGAAUUUUCUUUACAUCAGGUUAAUAAAAAAAAAAAAUUAUUUUAAAAUACAUAUUAA